AUGCAGAGUUCACAUGCUAGGCAAGGUCGCCAAAACCAAUUGUACGACAAUGGAGCUCGUCUUGUCGCAGGAUGUGUUCCAGUCGAUAAAAAAGGACGCCGUGUAUUGUUAGUUGCCAGCAGUAAGAAUGAGGGCGAGUGGGUAUUACCAAAGGGUGGCUGGGAGAACGACGAAACACAGGAAGAGGCUGCUGCGCGUGAGACUUGGGAAGAAGGUAUGUAA